AUGCCUGCCCAACCAAGCCCCAAGAAACUCCAUGUCGCCAUCCUCGGCUGCGGCUUCAUGGGAACGGCGCUGUUAUCGGGUAUGCUUUCAAAGGUGAAAAACACGCAACACGAUGUUACAUUCUCCGUCACCGCGCCCUCACGUGCAUCGCUGGAGCGACUGCACCGACACUUUGACGCGCAGCGAGGUAGCGUAGAUGUCAUUACGACAGACAACGUUGCCGCUGCUCGCGGGGCCCAGGUAAUCAUUCUCGGAUUCCAGCCACAGCAGCUAUCGCAGGUCUUCAGUUCGCCGGAGCUGAUUGAGGCGGUUACUGGGAAGCUGAUCAUUUCCAUGCUCGCUGGAGUGUCGACAGCCGAGCUGAUCAACAAAGUCCACAAUGAUCCGGAGUCGACCACACCCCACCGCAUCGCCCGUGUGAUUCCCAGCAUCGGCGCUCAGGUGAAUGAGUCGGCGACUUUAAUUGCAUCCGACACCAAUCUCUCGGCAGACGACCAGGACCUGGUUGCGUGGCUAUUUGAGCUGGUAGGCUCGACGCAGCUCGUGCCGGAGAAUCUUCUCAACACUGUCACCGCCGUCAGUGCUGCGACUCAUGCUCUGGCCGUGGUGGCCGUGGACGCGAUUGUGGACGCCAGUGUUGCUGAAGGCGUUGCACGCCCGGCAGCCCAGGCAGUGGCGGCCCAGUGCCUCCGUAGCGCUUCCACGUUGCUGCAAGGCCCCAUGACGAUAGAAUCCCUCAAGGAGUCAAUGUCGGUGGCGCGAGGAAUCACGAUCAACGCUCUCUUACAAUUGGACAGGGGCCAUGUUAGGGCUGGGAUUUCCGAUGCCGUUCGACAUGCGGUGCGAUACGCCGAGAACAUGUCAUGA